CCGUGGAGUUUAUAACCUCAAUAAUCACUGUACGCGCGGAUGCGACAAUUUUGCUGAUCAAUGCAGAAAUCUGAAUUUGCAGUUAGUCUGAUCGUAUCUGUAUACGUGAAAGAUGGAGAAGCUGGUGAACAAGCGGGCGCUGUUUAUUAAGAACUUCCCACCGGUUCUCUCUCUGGCCGAUAGAUCUCAUUUGCUACAGAAUGUUGGAGCCAAAGAUGUUGCCAUGAUUGGUGGCAAUUGUGCACGACUGACUUUCAGCACGGAAUCUGAGGCUGAACAAGCUCUUCACCGGCUUCAUCAGAUGGACCUAAUGGGGUACAGAAUCUGCGUGACUUAUGCCAAGGAUUGCGGCUUGAAGUACGAGCCGGCCGUGAGUGGUAUUCCAGUGUACAAGGAGAAGGAAACGGAGCAGGACAGUCUGGACGAGAGCAAAGACCGCAUGGAGAGCUUUAUGCAGAGCCUAAUGGCCAUCAACAAGAAUCUUAAUUUCCUACAGCCACCUGUAUCUUAUCUGCGCUACAAUUAUCCACCACCCACGGUCGACAUCAUCCGGGCGAUUAGCAGGCAAUUGAAGGCUGUGCCAAUGUUCUACACUCAAGUCCUGCACAUCAUGAACCGCAUGAACCUCGUGCCGCCGUUCUACGAAGUGGGGCCCAGUCAGGAGUUCUGCAAUGUCAGCACACAGGUCAACCUGUCGAGCGGUGUUGACAAGACGACACAGUAUUCCAACGCCAGAGAUCAGCUCGUGGCGACGGACGAGAGUGAGCUGGAGUCAGAAGAGGAUGAGAGUGUCAGGACAGUGAGACGUCUGGCAGAGAAGCGCAAACACGUGACAACUGAGCCUGAGCGCUCCAAGAAGAUCCGGACUCUGCUCGAGGCCGAGAAGCACAAGAGUCUAAUGAUAAAGAGUCCGCAAAUCGCCAAGCCGGAACCAUCGGAAAUAUUUGAGAAUGCCACCCAGAUCUUCGCCCUCCCGAAGAAGAUAACCCUCAAAGUGCCUGAUAAGAUCGAUGCACAGCCUGAGAAGCCACCGUCCUUGAGCUCUUCUGAAUCUUCUAGCAGCUCGUCCUCCUCCUCGGCGUCUAGCCUGUCGAUCAGCUCUCAAGAAUGCGCCUUCCUAAGCGAUAAGGAUCUCGAAGCCAAUCGCAUCCCGCCCGAUCAACUUGAAAAAUUGCCCGUUUUUGGCCAGUAUUCAGCCGGAGUGCCGUCAACUCAGCUCUACGUAAAGAACAUUGCCAAAGAGGCCACUCAGGAUGAUAUCUGGCACAUCUUCCGGCGCUACUCCAAGCGCAAGGAGGAUAUUAAGAUCGACUGCAAGUUCCAGGGGAAACUCCGCGGCCAGGCAUGGAUCAAAUUCACCUCGGAAACCGACGUGAAAGUCGGCGAACGCCAGGUCGAUCGGGCUCUACGUGAGGUUCACGGCUAUAUACUAAAGAACAAACCUCUGCACGUCUCCUACGCCAGAUCUGUCUUCUCUCAGAGCUCAAAUAAGACAGAAUGAUGCUCGGCAGAUUGUCUACA